AAGCAAAAAUUUUUGGGUAAUUUAUACAUCUCUCUAAACGCAAAAGAAAGAAAUACUAAAUCCAUCUUAGAGAGAGCAAUAUUUCAUUCCCAAAGCCCCAAUUUAAUUUACAAUUAAAUAUUCUAAUAGGAAGAAUUAGUUGUGAAUUCUUCUCUGCCAAAAAGAAAACGAAAAUGGAAAGCUCAUCGGAGUUGGUACCGUUCCCGUUGCUGAUGACUCCGAUCGAAUCCAACUACAGAGCAUGCACUAUUCCUUACAGGUUCCCGUCAGACAAUCCAAGAAAGGCUACUCCUACUGAGCUUCAAUGGAUUGAUCUCUUCUACAGUUCCAUUCCUUCCUUCAAGAAACGUGCUGAGAAUGAUACUACAGUUACUGAUGCUCCUGCUAAAGCUGAGAAAUUUGCUCAGAGGUAUUCUGAGAUCCUUGAGGACUUGAAGAAAGAUCCUGAGAGUCAUGGUGGUCCACCUGAUUGUAUUCUCCUCUGCAGACUGCGUGAGCAAAUCCUAAGAGAAUUGGGAUUUAGAGACAUAUUCAAAAAAGUCAAGUACGAAGAGAAUGAAAAGGCUAUAUCUCUGUUUGAGGAUGUUGUUCGUCUUAAUGAUGCUAUUGAAGAUGGAGUCAAGCGUCUAGAGAAUCUGGUUAAAGGAAUAUUUGCAGGAAACAUAUUUGACCUUGGUUCUGCACAGCUUGCUGAGGUUUUCUCAAGGGAUGGAAUGUCCUUUUUGGCUAGUUGUCAAAAUCUUGUCCCUCGACCCUGGGUUAUAGAUGAUCUAGACACCUUCAAAGUGAAAUGGAGCAAGAAAUCUUGGAAAAAGGCUGUCAUCUUUGUUGAUAAUUCUGGAGCAGAUAUAAUUUUGGGUAUUUUGCCCUUUGCAAGAGAGCUACUUCGGCGUGGAACCCAGGUUAUAUUGGCUGCUAAUGACUUGCCUUCUAUUAAUGAUGUCACUUACCCUGAACUGAUUGAGAUUAUAUUGAAGUUGAAAGAUGGAAGUGGACAGCUUGUUGGUGUAGAUGCCUCUAAUCUUUUGAUUGCCAAUUCCGGAAAUGAUUUACCGGUUAUUGAUCUUACAAGAGUAUCACAAGAGCUAGCAUAUUUAUGUAGUGACGCAGACCUAGUAAUAUUGGAAGGGAUGGGUCGUGGUAUAGAGACGAAUCUUUAUGCUCAGUUUAAGUGUGAUUCUCUGAAGAUUGGAAUGGUGAAACAUCCAGAGGUUGCUCAGUUUCUUGGGGGACGGCUUUAUGAUUGCGUUUUCAAGUAUAAUGAAAUUUUCUGUUAAUAAUUUUUAUUCAUCUGUACUUUUAACCCAUUUGUUUUAGCCAAUCAUUCAAUAUGCACAUAUUUUAGGUCUUUAUCACCUAUUUUUUAAAUCUAUGAACUAAAAGGUCCAUUCAUUUGAUUAAUAAAGAAUCUCAAAAACUGAUUAGUACA